AUGGAGGUGGAGGAGGAGGAAAGACGCUCUCCACACGAUCAUGUGGAUCGGUGUGUUCCCGAGAGCUUCUUUGAUCGCGUAACGCAAGGGUUACGCGGCGAUCUCGAACAUGAGCGGAAUAGGCGUCUCCAGAUGGUGGACACUGCCUCGAAGCAUCGAGCUGAGUUUGCCUUUGCUCAGCUUGAGAACGAGAGAUCUCUGACAUCUCUUCGUGACGAGCUAAGGGUAGCUCGUGGGAUUGUUGAUCGGUCUCGGGCUGAGAUAACUGCUCUUCAGACCCUUGUUGAUGCCCACCAUCGGGAGCACAAGGCUCUCUGCGAGAUGCUUGAGCGCAAGGGCGUUCUUCAUCGGAAGAAGCAGCGUACUGAUGGUACGGCUUAA